UUCCCAUGCCAUUUUCCCAAACCAGUGUUAAAUUCCAUUAUUGAACCGAGGAACUGGGAAUCCACACGUGAUAGCUGAAUUCGUAGUUUGAACCUUGGCUUAUUCAUAAAACAGGAACACCCGAGUGUUUUUUUCCCUCUCUAUUUUAUUCGGAGGCGGCGCCAGCAUUAACGUGUGUGACAUUUUCACUGCCUAUCUGCCAAACGGGUUCUGGGGAAGACAAAAAACUAUUUUCUCUCCUCCCUUUUCGCCAAGUCCGCCAUCCUAAAAGAAAAAAGGCUGUAAAAUCAUCUAGUCAAGUUGCUAUUUUUUAGCGCGACAGACCUUCCGAGUAGGCUGUACACCGAGCCUAUAAAUAUAAACAAAACAGUGCAGGCUACUAGCCUGUGUACCGUGGAAGUGCGUUUCACUAAAAGACCGGACAUCUGAAACAAAAUUCUUUCUGCAAGACUGGCAUUUUUUCUGUGCAAAGCGCCAUGAAUAAGCUUUAUAUUGGCAACUUGAGCGAGGAAGCGAGCUCGGUGGAGUUGGAAAGUAUCUUCGAAGAGUGGAAGAUCCCUAUCAAUGGCCCAUUUCUUGUUAAAACUGGUUAUGCGUUUGUAGAUUGUCCAGAUGAAAAGUGGGCUAUGAAGGCCAUUGAUGCUCUCUCAGGUAAAGUAGAACUCCAUGGAAAACUCAUAGAAGUGGAAUAUUCAGUACCGAAAAGACAAAGGAACAGCAAGCUGCAGAUCCGGAAUGUCCCCCCUCACUUGCCGUGGGAGGUAUUGGAUGGCUUGCUGGCUCAGUACGGCACUGUAGAGAACUGUGAACAAGUGAACACUGAGACAGAGACGGCGGUUGUCAAUGUUAAAUAUGCCACAAAGGAGCAGGCCCGACAGGCAAUGGAGAAACUGAACGGGCACCAGAUGGAGGACUACACCCUGAAGGUGACCUACAUCCCGGAUGAGACUGCCCAGCAGGACGCUCCCCACACCGGGCGGCGAGGGGGUCCGGCCCGUGGGUCUCCCCGGCUCGGCUCCCCAGGUGCGGCGUCUGGUGCACGCCCCAAGCUGCAGCCGGAUGUUCCGCUACGGAUGCUGGUCCCCUCCCAGUUUGUGGGAGCGAUCAUCGGCAAGGAGGGGGCCACCAUCCGCAACAUCACCAAACAGACACAGUCUAAAAUUGAUAUUCACCGGAAGGAAAAUGCAGGUGCAUCCGAGAAGCCCAUCACUGUGCACUCCACGCCAGAAGGCUGCUCGGCUGCCUGUAAGACCAUCAUGGAAAUCAUCCAGAAGGAGGCACAAGACACCAACUAUACGGAAGACAUUCCCCUGAAGAUUCUCGCGCACAACAACUUCGUUGGCCGGUUGAUCGGCAAAGAAGGAAAGAACCUGAAGAAGAUCGAGCAGGACACGGACACGAAGAUCACCAUUUCCCCUCUGCAGGACCUCUCCCUGUACAACCCUGAGAGAACCAUCACUGUGAUGGGGUCCAUCGAGGCAUGUGCCAAGGCUGAGAGGGAAGUCAUGAAGAAGAUCAGAGAGUCUUACGAGAAUGACAUGGCAGCACUGAACCUCCAGUCAGACCUGAUCCCAGGGCUGAACCUGAAUGCGCUGGGUCUGUUCCCCUCCUCAUCCCCAGUCAUGGCUCCCUCCAUGAUGGCAGCCCCCGCUGUAGGAGGACAACCCGUACACUCAGCAUUCACGAGUGGCCCGUUUGGGAUCGAUGCGUUUUGGGCAUCAGCAGUGUCGGUGGGCGGCCAGCCCCCUGGUCAGCCACCAGAGUCAGAGACGGUCCAUUUGUUCAUCCCGGCACUGGCUGUUGGAGCCAUCAUUGGCAAACAGGGCCAGCACAUCAAGCAGCUGUCGCGGUUUACCGGGGCGUCAAUCAAGAUUGCUCCUGCUGAUGGACCUGACACCAAUCAGAGAAUGGUGAUCAUUACAGGCCCGGCUGAGGCCCAGUUCAAGGCUCAGGGAAGGAUAUUUGGGAAGCUGAAAGAAGAGAACUUUUUUGGACCUAAGGAGGAAGUGAAGCUGGAAGCCCAUAUAAAAGUCCCGUCUUCUGCUGCAGGCAGGGUGAUAGGCAAAGGUGGGAAAACGGUGAAUGAACUGCAGAACCUGUCCAGUGCAGAGGUGGUCGUCCCCAGAGACCAGACACCUGAUGAGAAUGACCAAGUCAUCGUCAAAAUCACUGGCCACUUCUAUGCAAGCCAGCUUGCUCAGCGGAAAAUUCAGGAAAUAUUGUCCCAGGUACAGAGGCAACAGCAGCAAAAACCCACACCUGGGGGUCAGCCCCCCCAGAGGAGGAAAUAGCUGGAUUUAGGACACUACCUAGGCACAUUGUGCACAUUGACAGCAGACCAAAGAGGAAGUAAAGGCGGCUUUUCAAUUGCUGUGAUGAUGACAGUGGAGCUCCCACACCCCCUCUCCACCUGUGGUGUACUGCCCUCUAGUGGUGGGUGCUUACCCCCAGCUAGCUUGGACUCAUCCUGGCAAGCCACACUUUACUUCAGGACCUGGGGGGUAAAGGAAUCCAAGACACCUUCACUGCCCUGCUGCUGUUAUUUAAUUGCCACUUCACUUUCCCAACAAUUUUUUUUUCCCCUCUGAAUGGUGUUUGAUAAGUUAAUUUCUUCUUAAUAUCCGUGGACUGUGGAAAAAAAGCAUUUCUCUCAUAGCUCCGUGUGUCAGGGUGGGGAAAGGGGUUCCAGGAAAGGGGGUGAGGGGCAGGGGACCUAGAGUACACAAGAGGUUACAGAAAUGGAAAGGAUCUUGUCAUGGUAUUGAUAGUGGAAUUUUAUAAAUUCAAGUGGAAUUUUUUUUAAUGUGCAUAAGACCACUGUCAGAGUUACCUAGAGGGGCAUGUUGAAUGGUGUUGGCCAGGGAAUACAUUUUAAUAUGCUUUUUACUAAACUACC